UAUACAUAUAUCUAUUCCAUUUCUUCGGCCAGUGCUCAAGUGCAUCAAAUAUAACAAAUUCCGUUUAGCAUCAAGCAGAGAAAGCUAAAUCAUGCCCAAUCCGCCCAUUGGAUUUUUCCCUCAUAUCAAAAGAAGGUGCCUCCAGGUCGCAACGAAUGUGACGGAACAGAAGCACCAUGUCACCCGGGAGACGCGGGGCAGGAACUUGGGAUUGUGCCGCGGCUUCAGGGGCUGCACCGUCUGGCUAACAGGUCUUAGUGGCGCUGGCAAAACGUCGAUUGCCUUUGAGCUGGAAGCGUAUCUGGUCUCGCGAGGCAUUCCCGCCUAUGGCUUGGAUGGCGAUAAUAUACGCACCGGCUUGAAUAAGAAUCUGGGCUUUACGCCGGCCGAUCGGGAGGAGAAUAUACGGCGGGUGGGCGAGGUGGCUAAGCUGUUUGCUGAUAGCGGCGUCGUAGCCAUCUGCAGUUUUGUCUCGCCUUUUGCGGACGAUCGCGAGAUGGCCCGCAAGAUACACAAGGAUGCGGGGCUGAAGUUCUUCGAGAUCUUUGUGGACACGCCGUUGUCAGUGUGCGAAACGCGCGAUGUCAAGGGGUUGUAUAAGAAGGCGCGCGAGGGUGUCAUCAAAGGUUUCACGGGCAUCACGCAGGAGUAUGAGCGACCCCAGCACCCGGAACUGGUAGUCAGUACACACGACUGCACGGUGCGCGAGUCUACGCAACAGCUCGUUGCACUUCUGGAGCAUGAGGGCAUUAUACCACGCUCGCUACGGGAUGUGGAUCUGCUGCCAGAGCUGUAUCCCAGCGAGGCUAGCGAAGUGGAGGAGCUGAGACAAGAGGCCAAGUCCCUGCCGGCUCUAUCGAUUAGCACCGUUGAGCUCCAAUGGGUGCAGGUACUCUCAGAGGGCUGGGCUUAUCCAUUGCGUGGCUUUAUGCGAGAGGACGAGUAUCUGCAGACGCUGCAUUUCAAUACGCUGCAGAGUGGCUUAGAUGUCUCCUACCGCGAGAACCACUCGGUGCCCAUCGUACUCAGCGCCAGUGAAGCGGAUAAGCAGCGCCUGGAAGGAGAGGCAGCCAUUACGCUGCACCACGAGGGUCAAGCGGUGGCCAUACUGCGUCGCCCCGAGUUCUAUUUCCAGCGGAAAGAGGAACGCGUGUGUCGCCAGUUUGGCACCAGCAAUCCCAAUCAUCCGUACAGCAAACAGGUGUACGAGUCUGGCGAGUAUUUGGUCGGCGGCGAGCUGUCGGUCAUCGAGCGCAUACGCUGGAAAGAUGGUCUGGAUCAGUAUCGGCUGACGCCCAAUGAGCUGCGCUCCCGCUUCAAGGAGAUGAAUGCGGAUGCUAUCUUCGCCUUCCAGCUGCGUAAUCCCAUCCACAAUGGACACGCGCUGCUCAUGCAGGACACCAAGCGACAGCUGCUGGAGCGUGGCUUCAAGCAGCCGGUGCUGCUGCUSCAUCCACUUGGCGGCUGGACCAAGGACGAUGACGUGCCUUUGCAGGUGCGCAUGGCGCAGCAUCAGGCGGUGCUCGAUUCGGGAGUCCUACGACGCGAGGACACCGUGCUGGCCAUAUUCCCAUCGCCCAUGAUGUACGCCGGUCCCACUGAGGUGCAGUGGCAUGCGAAGGCGCGCAUGAAUGCGGGCGCCAACUUCUAUAUUGUGGGACGCGAUCCGGCUGGUAUGCCGCAUCCAGACAAAGAGGCUUAUCCCGAUGGCAACCUUUACGAUGCAACGCACGGCGCACGUGUGCUUAAAAUGGCUCAAGGAUUAGACAGCAUGGAGAUCUUACCUUUUCGGGUGGCUGCCUAUGAUAAGUCCGCCAGCCGCAUGGCCUUCUUUGAACCAGAACGCAAGGAGCAAUUCGAGUUCAUUUCUGGCACCAAAAUGCGUACACUGGCCAAAACCGGGGCUAGUCCGCCCGAUGGGUUCAUGGAGCCGCAGGCCUGGAAAAUACUCGCUACCUACUACCAGAAUAUACCGCAGGCGUAACCCGGAGCCCAUCAAAAACAAUCUUGAGGGCCGUCCCGCACAACAAUUAGUGCAAUUUGCUUAGCUAUAUAUAUAGAUAUAUAUACUAUCAUGUCCUAUAUGUUUCCACUAUUUACAUAUUUUUAUUAUUAUAUAUACAUUACGUUUCUUGUUCAAUUUGUAUGUAUCUGAGACGCAUAUCCUAAUACCUGUCUCGAGUCAACUUAUCAGUCGUCCCAAUCUCUGUCUUUCUGAGUGUGGAUGUGUUUUGUGAGUGCACUUGGUAGUGUGUGUGAUUUGCUCUGCUUCAUUAUUCUAAUCUUACAAUUAAUUGUAUUUACGCUUAAGUUUUCCAAUUCUAUGUUUUAAUUUAAGCCAACAGUUUGUCGUUUCUAGAACUGAUUUCAACAAAUUAAAAUGCAUUUUCCAAAUCUAUGCAUUUAAUAAAUGACUAUCGAAAUUUUUAUCACAA